AUGCUGCUGAUGCCACCCAAAUACCAGAGAAGGGUUUGCUUUGAACAGAAGAAUGCCACCUCUGCCUCUGUGAUCGGAGGAGGUAGAACAGCCACCAUGGCUCUCAGACAGAUGUCUGAGUUCCCAAGGGUUUCUGGAAAUCAAGAAGCUCAUAGCCAAACAGAGAAGCGGAGGAGGAAGAAAAUGAAUAAUUUGAUUGAAGAGCUGUCCACAAUGAUCCCGUGGUGCAAUCCCAUCACACAGAAACUCGACAAACUCACAGUUCUAAGAAUGGCUGUUCAGCACUUGAGAUCCUUAAAAGGCAUGACAAAUUCUUAUUUAGGAGAUAAUUACAGGCCUGCAUUUAUUCAAGAUAAUGAGCUCAGGCACUUAAUUCUUAAGACUGCAGAAGGCUUCCUGUUUGUGGUUGGAUGUGAAAGAGGAAAAAUUCUCUUCAUUUCUAAGUCAGUCUCCAAAACACUUAAUUAUGAUCAGGCUAGUUUGACUGGACAAAGCUUAUUUGACUUCCUACAUCCAAAAGAUGUUGCCAAUGUAAAGGAACAACUUUCUUCUUCUGAUUUUUCACCAAGAGAGAAAGUAAUAGCUGCCAAAGCUGGUUUACAAAUUCAUAAUAAUUGCCACAUCAGAAAGGUUCCUGUGUAUUCUGGCUCCAGGCGAUCUUUUUUCUGUUGAAUGAAGACUUGUAAAAUUUCCAUCAAAGAUGAGCAUGGAUGUUUACCCAGCUCAAACGAGAAAGAUCAUAGAAAGUUCUAUACCAUCCACUGCACUGGCUACUUGAGAAGCUGGCCUCGAAGUAUUGUUGGAAUGGAAGAAGAAAGAGACAGUAAGAAAGACAGCAGUCAUUUUACCUGCCUUGUUGCCUUUGGAAGGUUACAUCCAUAUAUUAUCCCACAUAACAGUGGAGAGAUUAAAGUGAAACCGACUGAAUUUAUAACCCGAUUUACAAUUAAUGGAAAAUUUGUCUAUGUAGAUCAAAGGGCCACAGCAGUUUUAGGAUAUCUGCCUCAGGAACUUUUGGGAACAUCUUGUUAUGAAUAUUUUCAUCAAGAUGACCAUAGUACUUUGACUGACAAGCACAAAGCAGUUCUACAGAGUAAGGAGAAAAUAUUUACAGACUCAUACAAAUUCAGAGUGAAAAAUGGCUCCUUUGUAACUUUGAAAAGCCAGUGGUUUAGUUUCACUAAUCCUUGGACCAGAGAACUGGAAUAUAUUGUAUCUGUCAACACUUUAGUUUUGGGGCACAGAGAGACUGGAAAAGCAUCAUUAUGUCAUUACAGCUCUCAGUCAUCAGAAGGAUCUUCUAGACAGUCUUGUUUCAGAGUGCCUGGAAUGUCUGCUGGAACUGAACUUGGUGCCGGUAGGAUUGGUACAGAUAUUGCAAAUGAAGUUCUGAAUUUACAAAGGGUACAGUCGUCAUCCCUUGAUGAUUCAAGUCUGACAGAUCUGAUGAAAGAUAAUCACCCUGUUAACUGCAGGAAUAUGUCAAAUAAGGAGUUGUUUUUAACCAGUCUUUCUGAAACCAGGGAGCUAAAGGAUACCUCUCAAAACCUGGGUACAGAUGCUGCCCACAGUCAUGAAGCACUCCUUAGUGAUGGUGCCCAGCUGGAUUUCGAUGCACUGUGUGACAAUGACAACACAGCUAUGCUUGCAUUCAUAAAUUACUUAGAAGCAGAUGACAGCCUGGGAGACCCCGGGGACAUCAGUGACAUCCACUGGACAUUCUAG